AUGCUGGCCAGAUCCUUCACUGUUUCUUUGGCCUGUGCUGCCCUCGCGUUCGCACAGAGCGAUUCGCUUGCUGUCCCACCUGCUGCAGAGACGCUCGCUGCCAAGAUCACGCCUGCAGAACUUCCUCUUUUCGAUGGCGAGGCCAUACAACUGACAGACGAUGUCGUAGCUGCGCUCCAACAAAAUCCUGAUCUUGCAGAGUAUGCGCCACUGUACGAGUUCGAGGACAGCUCGAAUUCUACGCUUUCGGUGCGUGCACGCCGCACUCGUAGAGCUCUUCGUUGCAAGACGAUGCCUGGGGAUGAAUCGUAUCCGAGCAAAGCGGCGUGGAGUGUUUUCGACACCCUAGUUGGCGGUGCUCUGGAGAAGAUUGUUCCUAUAGGCUCGUCCUGCUACAAGAAAUCCGAGUACGACAACUAUGACGCCGCAAAGUGCGCGAACCUGGUGAAGAACUUCGAUCAAGAAGAGAUUUACUAUGUUGAUAACGGUGCACUGAUGAACCCUCUGUGGUAUGGAAUGACCUGUCCCAUCCCCGCUUCAGGCAACUCCUCCAACGGCACUUGCACCCAAGGUGGCUAUUCGGAGUAUGCUGUAAAGAUCAGCAACGUUGCGCAGAUUCAGUUGGCAGUGAACCUCGCACGCAACCUCAACCUUCGCCUAGUCGUUCGCAACACUGGUCAUGACUACAACGGUCGCUCGGUAGGGAAAGGUGCACUGAGUAUCUGGACGCAUGGCCUCAAGGAGAUCAAGUAUGUCAAAAACUACAAGAGUUCAAUGUACAAUGGACCGGUCUUCAAAGUUGGAGCGGGCGUCCAAGGUUUCGAGCUCUACCAAGCUGCCGACAAAUACGGCGUCUCCGCUAUCGCUGGUAUCUGCCCUACCGUGGGUGUGUUUGGAGGCUACUCUACAGGCGGCGGCCACAGUCCUCUAAUGCAGUUAUUCGGCGUGGGGUCCGAUCAAAUCGUCGCUCUCGAAGUCGUCCUUGCUAGUGGCCGUUUCGUUACUGUUACCCCAGAGGUCAACAGUGAUCUUUACUGGGCCAUGUUAGGCGGUGGAGGCGGUACCUUCGGCGUGAUCACAUCUGCUGUAGUCAAGGUCCACCGCAAGGUCCCGGUCACUCAGUCUUCCUGGACCAUCAUGACGUCCGAGGCCGUCACAGUCGAAAAGUUCUGGGAAGCUUUCAAGUUCUUUUUCGACAACAUUCCCGUUUACAACCGAGCGAAAACCUACUCCUAUUUCUCCCUGAUGAAGCUCGCACCAGGAACUUACAUGUGGUCGAUGGGCCCAUUCUUUGCCACGGACAAGACAGUCGAUGAAUAUGAGGCUCUAAUCAAGCCUUUCUACGAGAAGUGUGCCUCGCUUGGUAUUGAGCUCAGUCCCAAUACAACCCACCACGACAGUUUCUACCCAGCCUACCAGGCGACAUUUGGCACCUUCAACUAUUACAUUGGUGGCGCCACAGGUAUUGCGGCCAACCGUCUGUUGACAUCGGAAAACUGGGAAAACUCUGAGAUUCGCAACCAAACAGUGGCCGCUAUUCGGCAGAUUGUGGAAAAUGCUAUGAUGAUAAAUAUGUACCACCAGCGCCCUAUCGACCCAGUACAAAAGGGUGUCAACUCUGUCAACCCUGCUUUCCGCAACGAAGAGAGCCAGAUGGUCGUCAUCAACAAUGUCCCCGAAGAAUCCGCUGCGGGGUGGCAAGCUACCGUCGAAAAGAUCACCACUGAGGUCAUGGCUCCUCUACGUGAGAUAUCACCCGCUGGCGGCGCGUACGGUAAUGAGGCCGACAUCGCCGAGCCGGAUUGGCAACAGUCUUUCUGGGGCUCCAACUACCCCAGGCUCCAGCAGAUCAAGAAGAAGUAUGAUCCUGGUAUGCUCUUCUAUGUGCAUCAUGGUGUUGGCACCGAAGGCUGGGCCAUUGAUGACAACGGCAUUAUCGGCGCGGGUGUUCAGUCGACGAACGGCCCAUUGUGUCGCGUGUACGAACAUCGUGAAGCAUUAGAAGGACGAAUACACCAGCUCGAAGCACAGUUGGCCAGACACGUCAAUGCGCCUAUGCAUGGUAUGGAAUCCAUCGACCACAACCUCAUGGCCGGCACGCCAACAUCCUUCGACUGGCAAGCGACGCCUUCGCACCUCAACCUCGACACCACAAUACCCGCCACAUUCACCGCCGAUGACUUGGAUAUGGGUUCUUUCUCAGCCAGAAGCGGGAGCAUGCCUUCCAUCGCCAUAGAUGAAUGUGAGCCUUUCCCCAACUUCUCCACGCCGUCUUCACCAGUACCUUCAUUAUGGUUAGGUACCACGCGUGCCUCGUCGCCCGAUUCGAUGCCACCUGGAUCCGCACUACCGCAGUUCGGAACGGCAUACCCACCCAUGAGCAAACCCAUGCCAUCGUCGAUCGAACCGCACACGGCGCCAUCUUGGGAGUUCAUGGCUCAAGCAAGCUCCAGUCAGUUACAACCAGGUACUAGCAGUCGAGGUCAUUCUCGGAAGACUUCAACCUCUUCCCUGUCUCAGGCUAGUAAUGAGCAGGCCAUGUCGCCAAUUCCUGAAGUCGAGGAUGACAUCCUCCCUCUGGCUCCAGCACCACGACUACCCCGUCAAGGCAUAUUCGCUGCUCGUCAUACGGAGAGCCCUGGCCCAGGCUCUUCCCGAUCAAGUUUCACCGAUCGCAGUCGUGCUCUGGCAACCACUCCACUUCCCAGUCGCUUCGAAGCAGAGACCUUGACAACGGAGUUCGUCCAACAUCUCGAGUCCCUGGACUAUAGAGCUUACUCCAUCACCCCCUCACUCUUCUCUCGGUUCUGCGAAUCUGUUUACCCCAACUCUCAGCGACCUGCUGUUGAAAUCUCUGCCUCCAUGCCAAUGGCACGCUUCCAUGUCUUCCUAGCAAUGGCCAUUGCGAUGAAGGUGAGGAUCAAGGAUGCGCCAGAAAAUACAAACGCGCUCCUUGAUACUUGCUACGAGCUUGCCAUGCAGCAAGCUUGUUCUUCCACAUUCUGGCAAGAGACAGGCGGGAUGGAAGCAGCUCAACUGUUGGCGCUUUUUGCCUCGCUUCGCAAACCUGCUAGCGAAGAGCCGCGCGGUCUUCAGCACUCCUUCUCUUGGUGA